UUCGUAAAUAUAGUGGAUAUAUAUCGUGGUCGCAUUCGCACCGCCCAUACUAGUCGGAUAUCACCGCUGGUGUUUCAACUCUGGUCCGUCAACUGCUUCCUGCUUUCACAGCCGCAACUCGCCUAUCGUGGAAAUGCCAGAAGGAACCUUACCAUUCAAUUACCGUGGCGAGACAUACCGUACCUGGUACAAGGUCGUCGGAGAUCUCUCAAACACAUCCAGAACACCCCUCGUCGCCCUCCACGGAGGACCUGGCUUAUCGCACGACUCCAUUCUCCCUCUAAGUGAUCUCGCCUCACACCCAAGUCUUAUUCCCGUCAUAUUCUAUGAUCAAAUCGGUAAUGCCCGCUCUACGCACUUGGAUGAUAAACCAGAGUCGUUCUGGACCAUUGAUUUCUUCAUCGAUGAGCUACUCAGUGUCUUGAAUCACUUUGGCAUUCAAGACUCUUUCGAUCUCUACGGACACUCGUGGGGCGGUAUGCUUGCCGCUGAAUUCAUCAUUCGCCGACAACCUACAGGCCUUGAGCGUGUUAUCAUAGCAGAUACUCCUGCAUCUCAGAAGCUUCAGCAUCAAGCACUUAUGCGAUGUAUGCAGUCCACACCUGAAGAAGUCCAGUCGGUGCUUAAGAAACAGGGAGGUAAAAUUGACACAUCUAACGAAGAAUACAACGAAGCUGCUGCAUACUUCCGCAAGCAGUUUGGUACACGCUAUGCCGAUCCUAUGCCGGAGGCACUUGCAUACUCUCCGAAGCAUGAAGACCAUCCAACUGUGCUUAAUGCAAUG